GCAAAACCCCACACCACACCACACCAGUGACGAGACCACCAGUGACACCACACCACCACAUUUUCUUCAGAUUCCUCUCCCCGCUGCCGCCAUCCGGUUAUCGGGCAGAACCCCUUUACCCCUCCUUCCUCUCACCAUGGGUCCAGGACUCUACUCCGACAUCGGCAGAAAGGCCAGGGAUCUCUUGACAGGGGGCUUCAAUACGGGCCAGCAGUUGGUCCUCAUUACCCACUGCUCCAAUGGAACCCGGAUAGCAGCUUCAAGCACAAAGAGUAACGAGUUCAUCAUUAGUGAGAUCCAGGCCCAGCUGAAGAAUAAGAAUGUCACAGUGGAUGUCAAAGCAAAUUCAGAGGCUAAUCUCUCAACUACAGUCACUGUUGAGGAACUUGGUGUACUAGGCUUGAAAAAGAUAAUUACCAUUCCUUAUCCACAUCCAGCAUUUGGGAGGCUUGAAAUCCAGUACUUGCAUGAUUAUGCUGGUAUCAACGCCAGUUCUACCAUGAACAGAAAACCUUUGGUUAACCUUUCUGCUGUAUUUGGCAACAAAGCUAUUGCUGCUGGUGCUGAUGUUGUGUAUGAUGGUGCUACUGGGGAUUUCACUAAGUACAAUGCUGGGUUGAGUUUCACCAAUGCAGAUCUCAAUGCUGCUGUGACCUUGAACAACAAAGGGGACAGCCUCACUGCGUCCUACUACCACUUGGUGGACACAGAGAAGAACACAGCUGUUGGUGUGGAGGUGGCCCGCAACUUCUCAACCAAGGCGAACAGAGUCACCUUUGGGAUGCGGCAUGCUCUGGACCCUACCACCACUGUGAAGGCGCGCUACAGCAGCAAUGGAAUGGCCAGCGCCCUCAUCCAGCACGAGUGGAGACCCAAGUCAUUCUGCACCCUAUCCACCGAGGUCGACGUCAACAGGUUUGAUUUCUUGCAGACCCCCAAGUUUGGGCUAUCACUGGUCCUCAAGCCCUGAUGAUGAUGCCGAUCCCCCCUAGUCCUAGCACAGUCAAGUCUCCGUAUCAAUACUUGAGGUCGAGUGAAAUAAUUCUGAACCUCAGCUCUCUCUGAACUUGGUGUCAUCCUGAAAGUUCGCGGUCUCCCUAGCUGGUUUUAGAUGUUGAGAACUGAAUCUGCAAACGACAAUGUGAUCAAGUACAUUACUCCGUUGACACAUUGUCUAAAGCUCGGAAUCUUCACCUUCACUGUUAUCUUUUCGAUGUUUUCAAGUUUGGUUCGUCCAAUAUAUCAUUUCUGCCUACGGUUGCAUGCUAUGAAUGUAGAAUCACCGAAGUCAUGUUGUGGGUGGCAAAAUACAUCUCUUGACCCAUGAUGAAGAUUCAAAUUUUAUUUCACACA